UCUUCUUUAAUUAGCAUAGUAAUGUCUGUUAUUAUUACUCCUUCUGAACAAUUAGAAUUUCACAGUCCUUUUACGCGUAUUUGUAAACAAUCCCUUUACGUGAGAAACCCCGGAACAGAGCCUAUUAUAUUUAAAAUAAAGACUACUGCGCCUAAACAAUAUUGUGUUCGACCUAAUGCUGGAAGAAUUGAGGCUAAUUCUGAGAUUGAGGUUCAAAUUAUACUACAACCAUUUAAAGAAGAACUUCCAGCAAAUUACAAAUGUAAAGAUAAAUUCCUUGUUCAAACUGCACCAAUUACUGAAGCAGUCGAACAGAAUCAUCAAGAUAUAGCUAGUAUGUGGAGUUAUGUUGAAGCGGAAGGAAAGGCAAGUUUACAUCAACAAAAGAUUAAAUGUGUUUUUAUUACUGAACAACAUCAACCUUCUACUACGAAUGAUAUCUAUGCUCCUAUAACUAAAGAAGUUUCUUCUAUUCCUGAACCGGUUACAAAUGCCGAUAAUAUUACAUCAUCCGCUAUUCCUACUAAUAGUAGUGAUAACGAUGCUUCAGUACCUAGUACCACUAUGGCCACUGCAGCAGCACCUAUUCCUGUACCCGCUCCCGAGAUUGCAGCUACAACUGCUACUGCAACUGCAACCACAACUGCGCCAGCACCUGCACCAGCGCCUGCACCAGCGCCAACAUCACCAGCAACUGCGUCACCAGCAACUGCAUCCCCUGCAGCUCUUACCACCCCCUCUUCUCCUAUUUCAGAUGAUAAUAACGAGUUAAAAAAAGCAUUGGAAAAAAUCGCAAAACUUGAAAAAGAAUUAACUGAAUUGAAGAACCAAGAAGAAGGCUUACGUGCACGCAAUCAAUCCACUACAAGAAAGUUAGCACCUACAGUUCAACCUUUAGAUGCAGUGCAUCAACAUUUAGCUGCUUUGGAAAAACCACGUCCUACUGAAGGUUAUCCACCUCAAGUAGUUUUAGGUGUUGCUUUAUUCGUUUUUAUAUUUACAUAUCUUUUCUUUUAAUUUUUUUUUAUUAUUAUUAUUAAAAUAAAACUUCUUCUAUAACACCUCCUCCUAAA